AGCUCAGGCAGCGAGGGAACAGCACUUGGCUCACGCACCGGCCCCGGCCCCGCCUGGACCCCCGCCUGGACCCUCGGCCGCCCGCAGCCAUGGCUCCUCCGCCCCUCUGGGGGCUGCUCCGCUUGGCUGCCCUCUGCCAUCUGACCACACUGCUGGCCGGACAGCACCUCGGUGUGAAGAAAUGCAACGUGAUCUGCAACAGGAUGACCUCGGAGAUUCCCGUGGCCUUACUAGACCACUACCAUCGAAAUCAAGAAUCCUGCGGCAAGCCUGCCAUCAUCUUGAGGACGGUAAAGAACAGAACCUUCUGUGCUGAUCCAAAGGAGAAAUGGGUUCAGAAAGCCAUAGCACAUCUAGAACGCCAGACUGCUGUUCCAAAUCGAAAUGGCGGCACGUUCGAGAAGCAAAUCGGUGUGGGUGAGCCCAGGACCACCCCGGCCACCAGGGGAAUGGACAGGCCUGCGGUCACAGAGCCCAAAUCCACCCAGGAAAACAGUGGCCAGGAGGCACAGAGGGCCUCGGGGACUUCCUCAGAGCUGCCAACAGGAGUGGCUGCUUCCUGGGGGACCAGGUUCCCCUCCACUCCAAAGGCUCCGGAUGGAGGACCUCCAGCUGGGUCCCAGAAAACUGAGUUUUUCAACGCUGCUACCCUCACGACCGCAACGUCCUGGCAGAGUUCUGCUGCCUACAAACCCGGGUCGGGCCUCUGGACGGAGGGAAAGGCCUCUGAGGCCCUCCCCACCCAGGCCCCCUCC